UGUUGAUACCCAGUGAAGCUCCGCCUAUUAACAGCACCAUAACAAACCGGUGGAAAGACCGGCAUAUGUUUACAUUUGACAGCUGAUUUUGAGCAACAAAUUAUUCAAUGAAUAUAUAAUUUUAAGUGCUAACUUCUAAAUAUUUUUAUGUUGGAUAUAUGAUUUAUUAUAAAUGAAACUAUGUUUUCCAAUCGGAGACUUGCAAAACGGUCUAUUAUAGGGACAAAAAUCAGUGCUUUGUGGCAAGAUGGCCGUUAUUAUCCUGGGAGCAUCCAGAAUUACACAGCUGAAGAAAGUAUGGUAUUUGGACCCUCAUACGCCAUACAGUUUGACGAUGGACAUAGGAAGGAAGUCCGUGCAAAUGAAAUAAUUGGAACUGGAUUUCAAACUCUCUCAUCUGUGAAACUUAAGAACGGCCAAAAACUUUAUUUAACUUUGAACGGUCGUGAGGUCCCAGGAAUUGUCAUUGAUCACGAUAGAGAACAUGACGUUGUGAUUAUUAACGUAAAAAUGUCAAACGGUGGUGAAACGGAGAUCGAGAGAAAAACGGACGAAUUAAGACUGAUAGAAAGUAGGAAAUCGGCAAGACUUGUUGAUCAAGAUACCGAUUAUUCGAAACUUGCUGACUUGGCACUGAACACAAAUGAAAACAAAAGAAGCCGAACAGUUUCACACGUUAUAGAUGUGCCAUCGAAACUUAGACACAGAGGUCCAAACAUUGAAGGAGAGGACCAGAAUAACAGCCAAACAGAUGAUGAUGUAGAAAUGGACGAAAAUAUCGCGGCAAUGGUGUUAACGAGUUUGUCCUGCAGUCCAGUAUCCCCGCACUUCCAUGGGUCAUUAACAGAAAAGUGCCACUUGUUGUCUAGCAGUGCUAACAGUAGUGGCUUCCAUUCCGAGCCCAGGAGUGAUCCCUCCCCACCCCUCUCUAGUCAUUUGAGUGAAAGUUGCCCAACCACGACGGGGAUGUUUUUUGGACCGAUGGGGAAAGAUGAAGGAAUUAACGCAGAUGACGACAUGGAGAAUAGUCCAGAACCAAAGAGAAAAAGAAGUUUGGGUAUGACCAAAACUAUGUUCCAGUGUACUUGGAAAGGAUGUGGUAAAGUCCACAACACAGAAUCUGCAAUAGAAAAACAUGUCAGGACAAACCACUUGGGGGGCAAAGACUCUGAUUCUGACAUGUCAGACCACGAAGAGGAAUUUUAUUACACAGAGAUAGAAGUGAACGUAGACAAUGUAACAAAGACCUUCUCUGAUAUGUUUACAUCCUCACCUCCAGACCAUAACUACAUGGACCCUGUACAAUAUAUUACAGACCAUGAUUAUCAGAGAAAAGUUGAUAUACCAGAAACUAAACCAGAAACAAUUGAUAUGAAGGAGCACAGUUAUUCCCAUAUGCAUGCCUCCUCAGUGCCGUCAGGUGGUUUCUUUCCACACCAAGAGCUGACAGCUCCUAUUUCCAUGCCACAGAUGAAAAGGUCACUAUCAUGGCAGAACAGUGCUGUUAACUUGUCUCCAGUGUCAUCUGCUGUUUCAUCCCCUAUAAGAAUGACCAAGCUUUCACCUCAGGACAGAUUACAACAACACCAAGCACAAUCUCCUAAAUCUCACAUGUUUGGACAAUCACCAAAAUCAGCGGCACUCCAUAAAAAACCACGUAGUGAAGUACGGAAAUGUCGGAAAGUUUAUGGUAUGGAAAACCGUGAAAUGUGGUGCACACAGUGUAAAUGGAAAAAGGCGUGCUCAAGAUUUACAGAUUAAAAACUAACUGUCAGAACGCAAUUGCUUGAUGGAUGUUAAAUCGAGCUUAAGUCAAAACUAAAACCCAAAGCAAAACAAUGAUGUUACAAAAAAUGGUUUGUAGGUAAAUUACAAAUGUGGUGGCAAUUUGGACCAAGAUACAAAUCAUUGUAAAGAAUUGUAUCAAAUCUGAUAAAAAGGGUUCUUCAGUGAUUUUAAGGUUGUAUAGCACUUUUUCCCCUAUUAUAUCACCAUAUUUACAAUACGUUCUAUCAUAAGAUUAAUUCAGAUAGCACCAUCAUAAGAAAUAUGGUAAAAUGGAUAUCAUUGAAUCACAAUUAUUCAACUUAAUCUCAAACUUGGAGAAAUCUCUUUGACAGAAAUGAUCUUACAACAGUUCGGUAUUAAUAGGACUCCAGAUCAAUCAAGUAAUAGAUAUAAGUAUAGAAUAGACAUUUAAUUACAAAGCUCAAUUAUUGAUCUCAAAGUAUAUUCAUUUAAUUCAUUAUGCAAACUGAAAUGUAACAUUUUUCAGCUGAAAAAGGAAAAAGUUUUAAAUGCAAAAAUGUAAUGUACUGAAAAGGUUCAAAGGUUAUUCUUUGAUAAGUGGAUUGGAAUUAUUCAUUAAAAAUAAAAUCCACUGCCUAAGAACGUUAUAUUCCAAAGCUUAUUUAAGCAACAGAUAUUAAAUUUUUAUGAGUCAGGACUUAUAGCUUAGCUCUAGAAAGUUUUAUUAACUUUUGACUGUUAUUACAUAUACAUGUAUUUACUAUUAUGUAUGUCUUUUAAAUAUAAAACCAGUUGUUGACUGAUCAUUAUGUAUUUUAUUAUCUGUGAUAUGUUAUUGUAGUUCCCUGAUUAGAUAAGAUUUAUAGGACAUUGUUAAGCAGAAAAUCUAAAUCUUAAAACAGAAGCUCUAAACAUUAAAACAAAAGCUCUAAAUCUUAAAACGGAAAAAUAAAUAUUGAAGAAUACAUUCAAUUGAGCAAGUGAUCUGUUUAAGUCUUACUCUUUCUGUCCUUAUAAGUGGUACAGUUAUGUUGAACGUAUUGUUCUUGGUGUUCCAAAACUGUUUGUAGAGUUAUCUCCCAUUUGAGACUGUAUCAACUAUUUUAAUCUUAUACAUUUUAAUGAGGGAAUGUUUAAAUCUCAGGUAUUUUGUGAAAUUUAAUUAUAAAUAUUGAGUUUUGUGAGCUUUAAUUAAUUUAGAAUAUUUAUUUUUAGUUGAUUGAAAUGAUGCUUUCAAUAUUUGAAAAAAAAUAUAAUGGUGAUGCAAACUGUAAAUACAGUUUAAUAUUACAGUGCUACUUAAAAUGAACAUGAUUAUUUAUGUAUUUAGCCAAUUAUUACAAAGCUUUUGAGAUAUUUAUUGUGUAAAGAUAUUAUUCCUUUACUACUCAUGCUAUUAUGUAAAAAACUUUUUUCUCAAUAACACAAUUUCAUCUAUAACUAAAAUCCUUUUCUAUUUGAAACUUUCAAUGGUAAGUCCUUGCAAUUUUAUAAAUACAAGUUUGGAGUUUGAAUCAGAAAUUAAUUAAGAUGUCCAGAAUUUGUUUACCACAUAAUCAACUCCAUGCAACUUAGUGAAAAGUUAAGACUGAAGCCUUGUAUGUUGCAUGAUUUAAAUUCAAAUAAAUCCCUUUUUCACUUUUUUCCCAUAGAAAUCUUGAAUUGUAAGAAUGUUCAAACUCCUCACCAUAAAACCCUUUGGUGAAUUUCUUUAAUACAUUGUAAUACAAAAUACAAUCUAGAAUCUUAUAAGUGACCAAUUUCUUAGUGAAAUUAUGUUCAAGAUAAAGAGUUCUUUGUUAUUUCAUAUAUUUAAGAUUAAAAAGGUAAUUCUUGUCAUUUUAUAGACCAUUUUUUAGACUUUUAUCAGGUAUAGCCAGUCAAGGUUGUUAAUCACUUCCAUUUACUGUUUAUUUGACUUUUCAAUUACCACUUUAGCACCCUAGCUCUCUUUCUCUAAAAAAGGGGAUGUUGCAUGACCUUGACUUCCAAUGAGAGUCUCACAUGAUUGGUAUGUAAAAAAAUUAACAGCAACAAAAAUAUAAUCUCUCUUCAGCCUUAUAAUUAAUUGUACAGAAUAUGACAGGUUCAUGCUGAUUUGAGAUUCUUUGCAUACCCAAUCAUACACAAUGAUAACAUUUUUAUUUUGUUUGUGAUCAUUUUAGUGCUGUUUUGAUAUCCUUGUCUAAAUGUUAUUUGUACUUUUAUGAAGUCGUAAAGUACUCUUAUAUUGAUUAGAUUAAAAAUUUAUCUUGCUGUCUAGUUAAAAACUAUCUAGUCUAUGUAUAAGGUAGUUUCUCAAACUAUUUAUUAGUGCAAAACAUUAUCUUUGAAAUUGCAUUCUUGGGGAAUAUGGAGAAGAAAGGGAUUGUAGUUUCAGUUUAAAUUCUUCAGAUUUUGAUCUGUGGUAGCAAAAGAAAACUAUCCAGAGAUCAUCUUUAUUUUAAAUUCUGAGAACCAAUCUCUGAUCUUACACUGCAAUAUAUUUAUUAUCCAUUUAGCAAUGCUUUAAAUCCAGCAGACAAUAUUAGGAGUUUUAUGAUUAGAGAUGGUGAUAGUAAAUGCAGAGGAUAACUAGAGUGAUCUCCCUUUAAUUGUUCUCAAUGCAAGUCAGUAUUCAUUUUAUAUCCUGUUUUAACUUAAAAUCUUCCUUCAUAAAGAGUUUUUUUUUUCAUCUGUAUUUCAAAUAUAUUAAUAUACAAUAAUUUUAUCUCUGGUGGAGACAUUACUGAUUUGCAGUCGUAUCACAUAUUCUUAUUUAAAAAAAUAAGUAAUGAGAUUAAAAAAAAAACCAACAACACAAGAAUAGAACAAUUUCCCCCUACAUACUGAUUAAUAUUUUUUAUAUAGCAGUGUUAUUAUUUUAUUUUAUUGAAGACCACAAAUAAAUGUUUUGAGGACAUUUUAUGUAUUUUGUUGUGUGUAGUAUGAUUAUUUAGUCUUUCAUCUUUUAUUGAAACCGGUUUUAUUUAAGUGUGUGUAAAUGUUUAUAUACAUAUAAUUUUCAUAUUUUAAAUGUGUUCAUUGUAAAUCUCUACAUUGUUAUAGAAUCAUAUAGUUCAUUAAUAUUAUCCGUCAAUAAUCAAAUGUCACUGGUGACAGGAAAACAGACCUUAUAUAGAUAACUUAUUUUUGUAAAUGUAUGAACAGUAAUGAACAGAUUUUUUUUUAAAUAUCUUAAAAAUAGAAAAGGUAUUGCAAUGAAAAAUCGCCCUGAACAUACAUGAAAUAUUUGCCACUGGACUUUUGCAACCAACAAUCAAUCAAUCAUGCGAUGAAAAAAAUAACUAUUUAGUAUGACUUUCCUAUUGGCUAAAUAAUAAUUUUUCGCUUGUAUGCAGAUUUCGGCAAAACCACAAAAUGAAAUUUUCUUAAUCCGCAAAAAUUGAUACCCACAAAAAUAAAUGAAUCCACAAUCAAAUAUUUUUAUAGCAAUAAUAGCUAAAUAGGUCAUUAUGCAUUCUGUCAUGUGCUUAUAACACUUACAUGUAUGAUGAUGACAAUAUAUGCUUCUUGAUAACAUCAUUUAGAUUCUUUAUUUAUAGACUAAUGAAUGAAGUGAUUUUAACUCUAGGUUUUAAUAUUAAGUCUUCUUGAAGAGUUAAUUCCCCUGUUUGAAUAGUGCAUUUUUAAACUUACAUAUUUUACUUGUUUAUAAAGUAUCAUAUAUAUCAUUGUUAUUCUUUAUUUUUGAAUUUUAAAAUUAUUGUUUGAAUAUGUUAUUAUUGUAAAUAUGUAAAUAAUAAAGAGUCAAAUAAAUUGUGAAAUACAU